CUCACAGCAAAGCUCAAUGCAAAUGUGCUUAUAAGGAUAUUUUUGUCACUCGCUCUCUGGCAUUUGGAUUUGAAUAAAAUGGGAUUAUUUGAUGCUCUUAGAGAUUUUAGUUUAUUAACAUGGCUAAGAGAAGAAAAACAGUCUCGGAGGCUGAUUCUGUUGAUCGUUUUCAUUGCGUUGCUGUUGGACAACAUGCUGUUGACGGUGGUCGUGCCUAUUAUUCCAAGCUACCUGUACUCAGUGGACGAUGAAGCUGCUCAGUCGGUCCGGAAUCACUCCAUGUCCUCUCUGUCCCCAUCUGGCACCUUUCAGAGCAUUGUGUCUCUGUACGAUAACACAACACGCCUGACCGUCUUCAGCUCACAGAUGAGCACGGCUGGCCCAAUGAACCCAGCCCCUACUUCUGUGAUGCCCUCUCAAAAUAAGUCGGACUGCCCCAAAGCAGAUGACCAGCUUCUGAAUGAGAAUGUGAAAGUGGGUCUGUUGUUUGCCUCUAAAGCAACAGUACAGCUAAUUACUAACCCCUUUAUAGGGCCCCUAACCAACAGAAUAGGAUACCAGAUCCCGAUGUUUGCUGGUUUCUGCAUCAUGUUUGUGUCAACCAUAAUGUUUGCAUUUUCAUCAAGCUAUACGUUGCUGUUUUUGGCCAGAUCUCUACAAGGUGUCGGCUCCUCCUGUUCUUCUGUGGCAGGUAUGGGGAUGCUGGCAAGUGUUUACACAGAUGAUGAGGAAAGAGGAAAUGCUAUAGGAAUUGCCCUGGGAGGACUAGCCAUGGGAGUUUUGGUUGGCCCUCCGUUUGGAAGUGUCAUGUAUGAGUUUGUUGGUAAGACGGCUCCUUUCCUUAUCCUGGCAGUGCUGGCGGUGCUUGAUGGAGCUCUGCAGCUAUUUGUGCUUCAGCCUUCUAAGGUUGACCCAGAGAGCCAAAAAGGAUCAUCACUAAUUACCCUCAUGAAGGAUCCAUACAUCCUCAUCGCAGCAGGUUCCAUUUGUUUUGCUAACAUGGCCAUUGCUAUGCUGGAGCCAGCUCUGCCCAUCUGGAUGAUGGAGACAAUGUGUCCCAGGACAUGGCAGCUAGGGGCUGCGUUCCUGCCAGCCAGCAUCUCAUAUCUAAUAGGGACCAACAUCUUUGCCGUUUUGGCUCACAAAAUGGGGAGAUGGCUGUGCUCUCUUAUAGGGAUGCUUCUGGUUGGAAUCAGCAUUCUUUGUGUGCCUCUUGCAAAAGACAUAUACGGACUCAUUGUGCCAAACUUUGGAGUUGGAUUUGCAAUAGGUAUGGUGGACUCCUCCAUGAUGCCUAUCAUGGGUUAUCUAGUAGAUCUGAGGCAUGUAUCUGUGUACGGUAGUGUGUAUGCCAUUGCUGAUGUUGCCUUCUGCAUGGGCUUUGCAAUAGGUCCAUCAGCAGGCGGGGCGAUUGCGCGGAGCAUCGGCUUUCCCUGGCUCAUGACCAUCAUUGGUGUAAUAGACAUCCUGUUUGCUCCUCUCUGUUUCUUCCUGCGAAAUCCUCCCGCCAAUGAGGAAAAGAUGGCCAUUUUGAUGGACUCUAACUGUUCAAUGAAGACCCGUUCCUACUCCACCCAGGGCUCCAGCUACCAAAUGGGUGAGGAUUUUGAUCCCGAGAGCCCUGAAUAGGCCUCAUCAAAGCCCUCGGCCAUGUAUGUCACCCAGAGUAUCUAUUUUGUUGUAUGAAAGAGAAAAACAACUUUAACUACUUUAAAGAAAACCACAAUGCUAAUUUGUGAGAAUGUCCCAUAUUUGUCCCACACUGUCCUGUGGUCGUGAUGGUCGUGUUCUUCUGAAGCAAACCAAAGUUGUUCUUGUUGCUGUUUGUUCUCAAUGUGGGAGAGGUGAAAUAUCUAACCAACAGCCUUAUCGAUAUGGAUAACAUUUGUGUGUGAUUGAAAAUGCAGGAUUUGAGAGAGGAUAAAAGGAAAACAUUAAGUACAAUUUUAUUCAGCAUAACAAUGUUCAUAUUUUCUCAUUCAAAAGUCAGACAGGGUAGUUGAAAAGAUUCAUUCAGUAUGACCUAAUGGACAGAUAUGUAUUGGAUAUUUAUUGUUUGUCUGUGGUGGUAGGAAAGUAUGGUGAUCAUAUAUAUAUCUAUCAGUCCUGUUGAAGUCUUUUCAUAGGCGUAAACGUCAGUGAAGGUGCAUUUGAGUCAGAUAAAUGGAUUAUAUCUCACCUUGAAAUGGGUCUUAAAAUGUUGCUAUUCGUAUCAUAAUCAGUUCAAACUACAUAAUACAUUAUAGAGAACAGCUGAAGAACAUUUUAGGCAAAUUAAAACGUGAAUUUUUUCUUCAAAUCUGGUACAUUAUUUGAUUCCAUUGCUGUUGUUUUAAUUUAGGCUUUUGAGAGGAGAUUUUAAUGUUAACUUGCAUUGGAGUGUAGGUCCUAAGCUUAACACAUUUCAAAUGUCUUGUUUUUUUUUGUUUUUUGAAAAAGCAAAAGGUCUGACAGCAUCAGAUAAUCAAGCAGAAUGUCAACAAGUCCUCCUGUCACGUUCUGUUUGUGUGACUUGUUUGAUGUCGCUAAAAAUGAUGUACUGUAUUAUCAAAGAUGAGCCACAGCUAAAUUUUGAAUACACAUG